UCACGCACCCUUCCAACUCUUCUUCCCCUUCCUCCUCCCUUUUCGUUGACCCCUUCUCUUUCCUGCUGCCGCCGCGGGUGCUCCCCCAGCGGCGCGGAGAUUACACAGCCGUCGGGAUGCCCCAGCUCUCCGGGGGAGGCGGCGGCGGCGGGGGGGACCCGGAACUCUGCGCCACGGACGAGAUGAUCCCGUUUAAGGACGAGGGCGACCCCCAGAAGGAGAAGAUCUUUGCCGAGAUCAGUCACCCCGAAGAGGAAGGCGACUUAGCCGACAUCAAGUCUUCCUUGGUCAAUGAAUCCGAAAUCAUCCCAGCUAGCAACGGACACGAGGUGGCCAGACAAGCUCAAACCUCUCAGGAGUCCUACCAUGACAAGGCCAGAGAACACCCUGAUGAAGGAAAGCAUCCAGAUGGAGGCCUCUACAACAAGGGACCCUCCUACUCGGGUUAUUCCGGGUACAUAAUGAUGCCAAAUAUGAAUAACGACCCGUACAUGUCAAAUGGAUCUCUUUCUCCACCCAUCCCAAGAACAUCAAAUAAAGUGCCCGUGGUGCAGCCAUCCCAUGCGGUCCAUCCUCUCACCCCCCUCAUCACUUACAGUGACGAGCACUUUUCUCCAGGAUCACACCCGUCACACAUCCCGUCAGAUGUCAACUCCAAACAAGGCAUGUCCAGACAUCCUCCAGCUCCUGAUAUCCCCACCUUUUAUCCCCUGUCUCCGGGUGGUGUUGGACAGAUUACCCCACCUCUUGGCUGGCAAGGUCAGCCUGUAUAUCCCAUCACGGGUGGAUUCAGGCAACCCUACCCAUCCUCACUGUCUGUGGACACUUCCAUGUCCAGGUUUUCCCAUCAUAUGAUUCCUGGUCCUCCUGGUCCCCACACAACUGGCAUCCCUCAUCCAGCUAUUGUAACGCCUCAGGUCAAACAGGAACAUCCCCACACUGACAGUGACCUAAUGCACGUGAAGCCUCAGCAUGAACAGAGAAAGGAGCAGGAGCCAAAAAGACCUCACAUUAAGAAACCUCUGAAUGCUUUUAUGUUAUACAUGAAAGAAAUGAGAGCAAAUGUCGUAGCUGAGUGUACUCUAAAGGAAAGUGCAGCUAUCAACCAGAUUCUAGGCAGAAGGUGGCACGCCCUCUCCCGUGAAGAGCAGGCUAAGUAUUAUGAAUUAGCGCGGAAGGAAAGACAGCUACAUAUGCAGCUUUAUCCAGGCUGGUCUGCAAGAGACAAUUAUGGUAAGAAAAAGAAGAGGAAGAGAGAGAAGCUACAGGAAUCUACAUCAGGUACAGGUCCAAGAAUGACAGCUGCCUACAUCUGAAACAUGAUUGACUUCCUUCAGUCCUUUGAUCCACGUCUAGAACUUCCAAGCUUGUGUGGUGUUAAGAGUAUCAGCCUCCCAAAGAGAGGAUGCAUCUUGCAGAUUCUGGAGAAUGGACUCUGGUUGGCCCAGCUUGGGUCAAACAUCUAUACCCUGAUCCAUAAGGAACUGUGGCCACAGAAGACUGUCACAUUUACAACGUGGCCGUCAGAGCUCACCUCUGUAACCUUGGGGUUGGAGUUGGCAUAAUCAGGAAGGGAGCUGGGCGGUAACCCAACAGGUGUCCACUACAACUCACUCACAAACUGGUUGUUGGGGUCUGUUAGAUUAAGAGGGGGUUUUAUCUUAGACAGCUGUGUGUUAAUGGUGAACUUGGGAGAGGAUCAUAUAUGUGGUGAGAGCGUUUAAAACCUCUGCUGCAGUAUCCUUCCCAUCAAUUUCCUUUUCCCUCCUUAAUGAUCAGAAGAGCUAGAAUUGUGCUUCAGUUGCCUUGGGAAGCAGAAACAGGGAAAGGGACCCAUGGCUAACAAGAUUGAUCAGGUGCCAUUAAAAAAUAAUAGGUAGGAAAAGUAAUAGGUGAGGGAGAGAAGUACCUGAGGCUCGUGAAAACCCUCUUGAGACACUUCAUAUUUAGUAUUGCUCAUGAAAGCCCAUGGAACUGAAUUUAGAUCAAUGCAACAGAAUAGUCUGUAGAAUUAAAAAAGAAUUGUUUUGGACAAAUUUUAUUCACUAGAACAUUUUUCUCACUGAUCUGUCUGGGACUGUGAGGAAUAGCUCACAGUCGAGGAGAAACUAUAGGUUUACCUCUUUAUGUAUCAAAACAUAAGUUUUUUAUUUUAACUCUUGGGUUCAACAAUCUUCUUCAACAGAGUACACCGAAAAGAAUUUAAAGAUUUCUUAACGCUUCAUGCCGUUUAUUCUACAGUGCCUAUAAUAUAACCCCUUGCCAACGAGUUGAUUUCUACUCACAGCAACCCUAUAGGACAGAGCAGAACUGCCCCAUAGGGUUUCCAAGACUGUUUCUUUACGGGAGCAGACUACCACAUUUUUUACCUGUGAAGUAGCUGGUGGGUUCAAACCAUCGACUUUCUGGUUAGCAGCUGAGCGCUUUAACUACUGCGCCUUGUAUAGAAUAUAGUACAUGCUAACAAGAAAUACGGUGCCAUCAGCCACUGUUCUUAAUGUCCCCCAGAUGAUGUGGGAUUUUAAGUCUGCUUUUUAUAAUUAUUCUGUGUCUUCCUUUGCUGUCUGGGACGAUCCCCUUCUUCUGUAGUAUCCUCUUCCUUCUUACCCACUGUGUGGAUUUGGGAACCAGAAAACUAAGCUUGUCUGAAUAAUGUGUCAAUUUAAAUGGAGUCUGAGUUGGGCUAUGAAGAGCUCUCUUACAAAGAAAAGUAAAAUAUGUUAUUUUGUGCAUGAAUUUCUUGACAGUAUUUUUAUAGCUUGAGGGCUUUUUAACUUCUUUCUCCUCAGCUGUGUUCUUCAUAACUGAAGCUGCCAGCUUAUAACUGUCCACAAGCUUUAGCAAAGUAACUUUUUUUUUUGACAAAAUGAGAAAAAAAAAAAGUAUUUCAGCUGAACAGGACUUCCUUACAUUUUGCUUAUGUUUUAAUUCAUAUCUAGCCUGAAGUCUCCUAAAUUUUGAGGUGCAUUUUCCAUGAUUGUAAUAACAAAUGUAGUUGUUACCCUCUUGGAAUUACUUUUCUGAACUAAGGCUGUUUUUUGGAGACAUUCUGUUGUAUAGGAGAUGUUGUGAUUAUUUUGCAGAAUGUUCUGUUGGUCUUAAUUUUUCACAAGAAGUCCUGUAAAUAGUAUGAAUCUUGGCUGUCCCAAACAUGUCAUAUGAAAUUGGAACAGCAAAAUGGCACUAGCAUUUAUGUACACAUUAUUAUGUCCUGGCUGCUUUAACAGAUGCCUUUCCAUAUGUUACCUCAUCCUUUUCUUGUGGCAGCCGAUACGGGAUAGAUCUCAUCCCUGAUUGAGGAAAGGGACAACAUCAGUAGAUUGUCCAGGACCACACAGCUGCUGAGGGGCAGCGUCAGAUUUGAACCUGGAUCUGCUUGUGUAUAACUCCCAAGUCUUGACCCACUACAGUAACUAAUAUUUAUUGUACACUCACUGUGCCAAGCUUUUCAUUCCCUCAAACAUAAGUUAGGAAGAAUAGUGACUUAUCUCCUUUUUACAGAUGAGGAAACUGGAGUAUUUGGUAUUUACAAGUAACUUGCCCAAGAUAACCCAGGUAGUAACUGAUGGAGCCAGGGUUCAAACCCAGCCCGGGACAGUCUGCCCUCAAAGCCCAUGCUCUUAACCCACAGUGCAUUAUUGCAUCCCUCUACCAUGUACAUUUAAACACACACAGGUAUAACAGUGGAAAUACUGGGUUUGAAAAGAAAAAAAAAGGGUACAUUGAUCUUGUCAUCUCAUUUUUAGAAGGUAAAGGUAACAUCUUUAAUGUAAAUACUGAGAGAAAUGUGGACUGGAUAAAGAAUUUGGAGCUGGGCGGUAAGAUGGGUCUGUCUAGUUAGUCACUGUCUUCUUGAAGCAUCUCCAUUUACAGAACUAAAAUGGAGUUUGAAGGUUCUCUUUUAUGACUGCUCAUUACUUUCCUCAAAAAUAUUCCUUUAAUUUUUCCAACAGUAAGUAGUGAGGAUCUAGAGGGUAUUACCUGCACUGGGAGGCCCACCCUUACCAGUAAGGUAUCCCUUUGAUGAAUAGCAGAACAUACAGAUCCCAUUUACAUUUCUCGCCUCUUGGGUUUAUUGGUAUGGUGCUGUACCACCGAGGGCAUGUGCUGUCAGCAGGCAGGGACCUAUAUAACUGUUGGAAAUGGAAGAAACGGGUGUGUGCUGCAAAUUACUGUUUUUUACAGGGUAUUGUAUGAGGUGGUGCUGACUUGAUUUUGUUUUUAGGUAAAAUAUGGAUUUUGAAAAAUUUUUAUGUGGGACACAUGUCCCUCUGGACUCUAGGAGUUGAAUUAGGGGGACAUAUAUGUCCCUGUGGAUUCUGAGGGUAGGAUUUUGGGGAUGAGGCCAGGAAAAAAUCCAUAUUACCUACCAACACUUCAGAUACACUCAGUGAUUUAGCAUGCAUUCCAUUAAUGAGAAAACAUUAUAUAAACAAAAAAUUAAAAAGAAAAAUUCAUUCAUUUAUGAAGGGGAUAUACAGUAAAACCUGCAAAAGCCAGAAGGUGGAAACCUGUCAGAGAAGGAAAGCUCAAAUAUUUUCCACUACAACUAGUGGUAGAAAAGUUAUAAGACUGCACCCUGUCAAAGAUGGAAAACUUGCAAGACCAGGAAAAACAAGGCAGUCCCGUUGAGUUCUGUCUCUCACAGGUUUCACUGUAAAUCCUCACAGAGGAGACACAAAGAGCGUAUCAGGAAGAGAAACCAAUAGCUACAGAUACAAACCAAAAAUUCUCCGGGCAUAAUUUAUACAUAGUUGCAGAUGUGUCUCAGAAUCAUCCUGACAUGGCCAAACUCUGUUUUAACUGAUCCUAAUUUACAUUGAAUAACUCCAGGGCAAGGAGCCACACAGACGCAGGGGCAGUGCCCAGUUGACCCUGCCUCAGUAUAUCCUGAGUCCAAGGACAGAGUUAAUGGCCCAUCACAGCCCUGAUACCUCCUUCCCUCCCUUCUCCAGGUUCUGGGAAUCUUAUUCUUGCCUCAGGGCUUUGAGGUCAGCAACUGACUAGUCUUCAGUGCUAGGACUAAGGGCUAAUUUAAUAUGUAAACAAGAUUCUGUGCUAACCUUCCUAACCACAUUAUCAUUUUUCCUUUUUCUCAAAUACUGGAUAAUAUUUACUGCUAAGGAACAGAAGCUGGCCUUUGUAUGUUCAGUCUUAAAGGAGAAUUAAAUUUCAAAGUUAACUUCUGCCUUUUGUUCUUUAUCACCCUGCUUUCAAGCCACUAGGGUGGCUGCAGGGUUCUAGAUCCAGCCCACUUCCACAGUGAUAAAUGUGUUAGUGACUAGU